AUUAUAUUGACUCUGAGACAUCGACUUGGUGUUAAGGUUUAAUAGUCUUCAAUAAUCUAUUUGAAGGAUAUCACAAGGAUAUCUAAAGGACUUAUCAAUACAAAAAUAAAAGAUGUCAGUAAACCCGGGCGGUCGGAGGCUGAAACAGUGGCUAGUUGAGCAGAUCCAGAGCGGUCAGUACCCGGGGCUGCUCUGGGAGGACGACAGCCGCACUAUGUUCCGCAUCCCCUGGAAACAUGCUGGGAAGCAGGAUUACAACCAGGAGGUCGACGCCUCUAUCUUCAAGGCCUGGGCUGUGUUUAAGGGGAAGUUUAAGGAGGGGGAGAAGGCUGAGCCUGCUACAUGGAAGACCAGGCUGCGGUGUGCCCUGAAUAAGAGCCCUGACUUCGAGGAGGUGGGAGACAGGUCCCAGCUGGACAUCUCUGAGCCCUACAAGGUGUACCGCAUCGUCCCCGAGGAGGAGCAGAAGACAGGUAAAAGUGCAGCAGCAGCUUUGACAUCUAGCCCUGGUGACAUUACUGACAUGGACUGCAGCUCUGCAGACCUGGAGGAGCUCAUCAAAGAGGUGAAACAGUCUUCCAGUGAUGAGUACCUUGGCAUCGUCAAGAGGAGCCACUCUCCCCAGGAGGAUGGCUGUAGGAUGCAGCCCAGCCCAGAGUACUGGUCCCAGGGCAGCGUCAGUGUCUUCCCGGGGCAUCAAGAUCCCUCGCCGAUGGGAUCUUUCAAUGCCGCCUUCUCCCAGAUGAUCAUUAACUUCUUCUAUGGUGGGAAGCUGAUGGACAGCGUGGUGACAUCUCAUGCUGAUGGCUGUCGUAUCUCUCCGGGUCAGCCUCCCUUGGUACAGCACAGGUCCCCCUACGGUCUCGCAGACAGCCUGCAGAACGUCCGUUUCCCUCCCGCUGAGCUCAUCGAGGUUGAGCGCCAACGCCAUGUCACCCGCAAGCUCCUGGGCCACCUGGAGAGGGGCGUGCUGGUCCGCGCUAACCGCGAGGGCAUCUUCAUCAAGAGGCUGUGCCAGAGCCGUGUGUUCUGGAGCGGGCAGGGGGGAUUGGGCCCCCACUACAGCCCUGGGGGGCCCUGCAAACUGGAGAGAGACGCUGUGGUCAAGAUUUUUGACACAGGAAGGUUCUUCCAAGCUCUCCAGCUGUACCAGGAGGGCCAGCUUCCCGCACCUGACCCCAUGGUGACCCUGUGUUUCGGGGAGGAGCUUCAUGACCUCAGCACAGCCAAGAGCAAACUUAUCAUCGUCCAGGUUACUCCAGUGAACUGCCAGCAGCUGUUGGAUGCAGUGAGCAUGCGUCGUUCCCAGUACAGCAGUCCUAACCUGGAGAUCCAGUCAGACGAGCUGCAUGCCGGGGAACAGAUGGCCCGGAUCUACCAGGACCUGUGUAGCUACACCGCCCCCCAGAGGGCAGCCUGCUACAGGGACAACAUGCCCAUCACCGCCUGAACAGAACACCUUCCUUCACUCCCCCUCAUUGAUAUAACAAGAAAGGACUGACAUGACAUAUGGUGAAAUAUGUCACUAACAUACACUUCAGCCUCUCACACCUUUUAGCCCUUGCUUACAGCAUUCCAAUGCUUUUCAAUUCUUCAGAGCCAAUGAGCAAGAGCAUACUUUGAUGAAUGGAGAAAGCCAACAAAGCCAAUACUUGCAAGGUGUGAACUGAUAGGACACAAAUCUAUGCAGCUUGGGUGUUACAGAGGCACUGUGUGUCAAGAAAGGGAAGUACUAUACAACCGUAUUACAAAUGGUGCUGUACAGGUAUUAAAAGGUUUACUCAUCAAAUGUACCACCCCAGUAAGUAU